AUGAAGCAUCUAAAGAUUCUAUUGUGGUGGCUUGCAUUCAUCUGCUGUGGCCCUAGUGCUGUUUUGUCACAGUCACCUCCCACGGUCGUUUAUCGGGGAGACAUGUUGACCCCAGAGGACCUGAAACUACAAGGAGGCUUCUUGCCUAGGGGUGAAGAUGGAACCCGCCCCAAUCAGCCACCAGCGAGCCUAAGUCUGUACAAUCAUGUUGAAGGAUCGCCAACCGGGACUGGAAGAUACGAUACUGGCUAUGUGUCAACCACUACAAGUCUAGAUUCUGCUCGAAGAUUUGUCAGCACUAUUCUGGGAGGCAGCGGUUAUAUCUACAGAAUCCACGUAUCUGCAAACUUUAUCGAUGUUGCUGGAACCCUCAGGCAGUUUUAUCGGCACACGGAUGAAGCCGAAGUAGCUUCACUCGGCCGUAUACAACUCAGCCAGGUGCUAGGGUGGACUGAGGUUAUCAAUGGCGCGGAGCAGUCAGAAGUGCGAAACCCUCAGUACGAUUCGAGGUUUGACACUGCGUCAUGGGGCGGAUCCCAACCACAGCUCGCAGGCUUUCCGCCAAAUCACCGAGCUUGGACCCUCGAACCGUGGCGGGAGUUCGCUAUGGAGCAAACGGAAGUUGAACAAGAGCAAGCUCAUCCCGAAACUCAGAGUGACGGACCUCAAGUUGAAGCCCCCGAUACUUCAGAGCCAAUGGAGGUUGACGAAGAACAUAUCAACCAAUGGUCAAACGGCCAAUUUAACGGGGCUAGUUGCGCCGCUGUUAUCGCUGCUAUAUCAGCAGCCUUUUCGAAACACUCUAGACCCGACAGGUCCCUACCAGAUGUUGUACUGGUGGCUCGUGAUAAAGAAUCAACAAGCAGCGAUUGCGAUCGUGCCCGUGACAUGGCUACCCAGCUCCAACGGCCACAGACGUCGAAGUCUGACGAGCCUCUCAAAGAUGACGAGCUGAAAAAGUUGGAAAAUGGAGACUUUUCUGGCUUUUCUGCUCGUGAUUGCGCGCUUGCACUUGAGAAGAUGUAUAUCAAAUACAAGAUCCAUACACCGGAGCUGGGUAACAAGCUCGUUCGUCGUGCUGAUACAGCAGAAGAUCCAAAGGCUGAUUGUCGGCGAGCCCAAGAUCUUGUACAAAAGCAGAAAGUCCCAGAGCCGUGCAAGAAGAUCAAGAACAUUGAGAUUGGUUUCACUCUAUCCAGCAGUUGGUUGUCAAUCAAAGGAGAGGGAACCAAAGAUGAUGUCGGUGCUAUACUCGAAGGCCCGGCUGGUAAGGCCGAGUUGCUACUUGCGAGUCAACCUUCAGGGGGAUAUUCGAAGUGGAUUCCUUUGGAUAUGCAGAAAUCCUUCAAAACCGACUCCAUCGACAUUACCGGCAUUAACAACCUCACUCUGACUGCAGAAACAUUCUUCAUCCGAGGGGGGGAAAGUGACGCGUUCAAGGUCCAAGAUCUUCGUCUUCGCGCCAAAUGUGCUGACCCCGGCUUUGGUGCCAAGAAUGACAAGUACGUCGGGAUCAACGCUUGGUACGAACGUCCUCAGAAGGGAUGGUGGAUUUUCAGCACUGUUUUCUACCCUUCAAACUAUGACAAGAAGAAUCUGGCCACUUUCCCAGUCGUUCCUGCAGACUGGGAGUUUGCCCCUCCCUGCGCUUCCUUCAAGGAGCUCAGCUACGAUUUCGCAUUUGGUAAUACCAAUGGCGGCGGAACCGGUGACACACUGGUACUCAAGCUUGGAGAAGGCAAGAUUCCACUCGGAAAGUCAUUUACGGCCGGCACCAGUACAAAGGGAACAGUUGACCUCGAGAAGACGUUCAAGAAGAAGGUUGUGCAACUCAGCGAACUCGAGACUGUAGCCUUCGACGACGACGACUCUACUGCUAGUUUCGGUGACAAUGGCUGGACAUUCAAAGGCGUCACAUUUACAGCAACUUGUGCAGAUGUGCCAAAGAAGUUGCAGAUGAACAAGUAUUCGAAUGUGAAUGCAGACAUCUAUGCGGCCGGUAACAAGGAGCCUUGGUCUGGCAAACUCAUCCCAAGCGAUUGGAUAGAGCUUAAAUAG